CGCGCCGUGCCCCGCGCGCGCUGCCCCCUCACGGCGCGGCCAUGAAGGCGACGCCGCUCUCCAACUGCGAGCGGCGCUUCCUGCUCCGCGCCAUCCAGGAGAAGAAGCGCCUGGACGGGAGGCAGUGCUACGACUACCGGAACAUCCGCGUCUCCUUCGGCGCGGACCGCGGCUGCUGCAUGGUGGAGCUGGGCAGGACCAGGGUUCUUGCACAGGUCUCGUGUGAACUCGUUCCGCCUAAGCCCAGUCGGCCCACGGAGGGUGUGCUCUUCUUCAAUCUGGAGCUCUCACCCAUGGCUGCACCUGGGCUGGAGCCUGGCAGACAAUCUGAGUUACUGGUGUCACUGAACAGACUACUGGAGCGAUGCCUCAGAGAUUCCAAAUGUAUUGAGACUGAAUCUCUCUGCGUUGUUGCUGGUGAAAAGGUUUGGCAAAUUCGGCUGGACAUGCACCUGUUAAACCAUGAUGGCAACAUCACUGAUGCUGCCAGCAUAGCAGGGAUUGUAGCUCUGUGUCAUUUUCGCAGGCCAGAUGUGUCUGUGCAAGGAGAGGAAGUAACUGUGUACACUCCUGAGGAACGUGAUCCUGUCCCCUUGAGUAUCCACCACAUGCCCAUUUGUGUCAGUUUUGCCUUCUUCCAUCAAGGGACCUAUUUGUUGGUGGACCCAACUGAACGUGAGGAGCGGGUGAUGGAUGGGCUCCUCGUAAUUGCCAUGAAUAAACACCAUGAAAUUUGUACCAUCCAGUCCAGUGGAGUGGUCAUGCUGCUGCCAGAUCAGAUUCUGAGAUGCACUAAAAUAACAGCUGUUAAGGUCGCAGAAAUAACAGAACUGAUUCAGAAAGCCUUGGAAAAUGACCAAAAAGCCAGGAAAGAAGGGGGGAAGUUCGGCUUUGCGGAAUCCAUCCCCAACCAAAGGAUCACUGCCUUCAAAAUGGAGAGUGCUGCUGUGGACACCAACGACGUGGAAGAACAGGCUGGAGAAAUCAUUGCUAAAGCUGACCCUCCUUCAGAAGUUUUUGCCAAUCCAGUAUUGCACACUCAGAAUUUUACCAGCAAACACCAAGGUUUUCUUAACUCCUGCAGUUUUGCCAAUCCAGUAUUGCACACUCCUGGGACAGCCCAGAUUGGGGAAGGAAUAGACAGCUCCUGGGGAGACCUUGAAGAAUCUGAGAAGGAAGAAGCAGCGGAAGAGGAAGGUGAAAGUGAGGCAGCUGCUUUUGAAUGCGAGAAAGUGGAGACUGAGGAUACAAGUACACUGAGGGAAACUAAGAGUGAUGAACCCAUUGUACUGUCUGACAGCGAGGAGGAAGAAGUUGUCAUUCUGGAACCACAGGAACUACCACGGAAAACAAGAACACAGACCAGCUCCAAACAAGAAAAUCCAAGUAAGAAAGCAUUUAACAAAAGGAGAAGAAAGAAGAGAACUUCUCGUUAAAGCCAUCAUCCCUCCUGCAGGAAUGCUGUAUAAUACGGAUUUUGGUGUAUUAUUACUGAGCUUAUUUUUGUAGAUAAUUUUAUUUCCUCCCAUCCCAAUAUCUCGUUCUGCUUUUACGUAUAUGUUAAACGAUUGUAUACAGAUUUAAAUAAAGAAAUGGUGCCUGUAACUGAAA